CGAAGCCGGGCUGAAGAUGAGACGGGGCGGCACUUGCAGAGGGAGCAUCCAUCGCACGGGCUGCGGCUACUGUUGUGUACAAUGGCUUGGCAGAAGAUGCUGUUUUCCUCCUGCCUGUUGACUGUGUGCCUCACGUGGGUCUUGGCCAAGCCUCCCCCCGACAAAAAGGACCGUGUCCACCAUAACCAAGACUUGAGCGACCACCCUCACGAUGACAACCAAGAUUUCCAGUAUGAUCACGAAGCCUUUCUGGGCAAGGAGGAUGCCAAAACGUUUGACCAGUUGACUCCUGAAGAGAGCAAACAGCGGCUUGGAAAGAUCGUGGAUCGAAUCGACCGGGAUGGGGACGGUUUUGUGACUCAGCCUGAGCUGAAGGAAUGGAUCAAGCACACUCAAAACCGCUACAUCUACGAGAACGUGAACAAGAACUGGAAGGACUAUGACAAGAAUAGUGAUGGCCACAUCACCUGGACUGAGUUCAAGAACGCCACUUAUGGCUACUAUGAAGGAGAGGAGUUUGGCGAUCUAGAAGACAAACACUCCUACCGGAAGAUGCUGGCCCGGGAUGAGAGGCGGUUCAAGGCAGCUGACAAGGAUGGGGACAUGACCGCGACGAGGGAGGAGUUCACGGCCUUCCUCCACCCCGAAGCGUUCGACUACAUGAAGGACAUUGUGGUGACGGAAACCAUUGAGGACAUCGACAAGAACGGGGAUGGCUUUGUCGAAGUAGAAGAAUAUCUUGGUGACAUGUACAGUCCUGAAACAGGGGAGCCCGAACCUGACUGGGUGAAGACGGAGCGACAACAGUUCUUGGAUUUCCGGGACCUCAACAAAGAUGGCAAAAUGGAUCGGGAGGAGAUCGGGCACUGGAUCCUGCCAACAGACUAUGACCACGCCGAGGUGGAGUCAAAGCACCUCCUUAUCGAGUCGGACAAGGACAAGGAUGACAAAAUAACCAAGGAAGAGAUUUUGGACAAUUGGAACAUGUUUGUGGGGAGCCAGGCCACAAACUACGGCGAAGACUUGACAAAGGAUCAUGACGAGCUGUGAUCCAAGCGGGAGGGAAACAUACAUUAGAGCAUCCUCCCGCAACUGAGGGCCAAGGGGUGGGGUGGGGGACAAAGCACACUCCAGAAGGAAAUUUUGUUCUUAUUUAUUGGUAUGAGGGCCUGCUUAAGCUUUCUGAGAAAACUAGUGGUGGCUGGCAUACCUGGGUGGGUUUUCCUUUUACACUCCAUUCUUGCUCGCCUGCACACUCCCACCUCGACAAAGCACUGUGAAGCUUGCUACACUACAAAAUUGUGUCUUACACUCCAAACGACUAACAGAAGGCGGCAGCUUAAACGUUAUUUUCAACCCACCUCCCCUGGCUAUUGUGGCAUUCAAUCUAUUCUGCAAGGGCUAAUGUUGUGUUCAUGUUUGCGGAUCUCAAGGGACCCACUGACUCCCUCAUAUAGGCUCCUGCUCCUGCCUCUCUAAGGGGCAAAAUUUUAACACACACACACAGUGCUUCCCACAAGCCGAUUUUACCUUUCUAACACUCAUCUGGGACCCUCUUGAGGGCGCUGAUGACCUGAAGAGGGUCAACUGAGAGCAGAAAACCAACAGCUAGUAGUGCGUACUAAAUCUCCUCCCACAAGCUACUUUCUGUUGAUGUAAAACCGCCGCGGGCGUGUUGCCUGCAGCUCUGUUGUAAUGUCUAGUUCGCCCUGUGACUUGGGUUAAGCAUUGCUCUCUUGAGGUUCUGUGGUUCCUCUAUGUUUCCCCUUCCUCUCUAGGAUGGCAAGCUUUCACGGGAGGAGUUUGUGGAGUUUCUUCGGCAAAGUAUCGCCAGCGCCAAAGACUAUGAAGAAACAGUCAAGACGCUGAAGAGCCACCAAGAGCUGUGACCUCAUGACUGUAACACUCUGGAUUAUUAAUAAAACUAUUCCCCACCCCC